AUGCAUCAUGCAGUACCGCAAGAGCUACCGCAUGGAGGACUGGCUGCACUUCAUCGAGACAUCCUCCAGCUACAUCUUCAAGGGGGACGUGCUGCCCGAGGCCUGUGGUGGAGCCUGUGCAGCACGGUCACACACUACUUCCGGCCACGGCCCCCCGACAAGACCCGUGAGCAGUUCCUGGUGGCAGCCAAGGCGGCUGCAUGCAAGCUCAGAGCUUACGUGACCAGGCUGGAGGAGUUGGAGGUGCCGGGCUACAUGUUCACGGUCAACCUGCACAUCUGCAUAUGCCGGCUGUACGACCAGGAGUGCCAGCUUGGGUCCACGGCAGGGUUCUCCGACCUGCCGGUGGAAUGCAUGAUGCAGCAAAUGAAGACGCAAGGCGGAAGGAUGGUGUCACAGGCACCCGAGAAGCACUACAUGCAGUGGCUGUGCCUGAUAUGGGCCUCCGAGUCGCUCACCGAGGCAGACCCCGCGACCGGGGCCAAAUGCACGACCAACCAGCAGCUUGAGAGGAUGUUGGCAUGGCGCGCGGCACUCGACGAGGAGCAGUACUUCAGGGCUGAGUACGGGCGCCAGCAGCAGCGGACCUCCUGCUGGGCAUGCUACCAGGCAGAAGUCGGCAACGAGACUAGGACGUAUGUGGCCUACCUCAAGUACUUCGUCCACCUGCCCACGGAAGACGGUGCUCAGGAUGUCCACUUCACUGUCGCAGAUGUGUACUCAGGACAGGUGUUCAGCGGAGGGCUGGUGGUGGUCAACAUGGCGGCCGCCCAGACAGUGAGGGCAGGCAGCCAGUGGGAGAUGUGGCAGGACCUAGGGCUGCCGCUAAGCAAGCUGAAGGGCAAGUUCUGCACAGCCACCCUGGAGGGGGACCAAAAGGGGCUGAUGUACUUCAUGCCGUACACACACUUCACCAACCGCUGA